ACGACAUAUUCGUCUGCUACAACUGAUGGUAGAGAUUCAAUAACUGGUAGAUUCUCUCCUGAAAGUACUUCAGAAAGUGAAACUUAUGGAACCAAUCCAAGCACAGAUGUUCCUUCUACAACUAAGUAUUACAGUGACACUACGAAAAUUACGAAUUUCACAACAGAAUCUGAAACAGAAACCGUUAGAUCUUCAAGUAUUCCGUCUAGCUUCUCCAGAACUGGUGAUGAUGAGACGACGACAUAUUCGUCUGCUACAACUGAUGGUAGAGAUUCAACUACUGGUAGAUUCUAUCCUGAAAGUACUUCAGAAAGUGAAACUUAUGGAAGCAAUCCAAGCACAGACGUUCCUUCCACAACUAAACAUUACAGUGACACUACGAAAAUUCCGAAUUUCACAACAGAAUCUGAAACAGAAACUGUUAGAUCUUCAAGUAUUCCGUCUAGCUUCUCCAGAACUGGUGAUGAUGAGACGACGACAUAUUCGUCUGCUACAACUGAUGGUAGAGAUUCAACUACUGGUAGAUUCUCUCCUGAAAGUACUUCAGAAAGUGAAACUAAUGGAACCAAUCCAAGCACAGAUGUUCCUUCCACAACUAAAUAUUACAGUGACAUUACGAAAAUUCCGAAUUUCACAACAGAAUCUGAAACAGAAUCCGUUAGAUCUUCCAGUAUUCCCUCUAGCCUCUCCAGAAGAACUGGUGAUGAUGAGACGACGACUUAUUCGUCUGAUACCACUGAUGGUAGAGAUUCAACUACUGUUAGAUUCUCUACUGAAAGUACUUCGGAAAGAGAAACUUAUGGAACCAAUCGAAGCACAGACGUUCCUCAUACAACUAGAAGAACUGGUGAUGGUGAGACGACGACUUAUUCGUCUGAUACCACUGAUGGUAGAGAUUCAACUACUAUUAGAUUCUCUACUGAAAGUACCUCGGAAAGUGAAACUUAUGGAACCAAUCCAAGCUCAGAUGUUCCUUCCACAACUAAAUAUUACAGUGACACUACGAAAAUUCCGAAUUUCACAACAGAAUCUGAAACAGAAACCGUUAGAUCUUCAAGUAUUCCGUCUAGCUUCUCCAGAACUGGUGAUGGUGAGACGACGACAUAUUCGUCUGCUACAACUGAUGGUAGAGAUUCAACUACUGGUAGAUUCUCUCCUGAAAGUACUUCAGAAAGUGAAACUUAUGGAACCAAUCCAAGCUCAGAUGUUCCUUCCACAACUAAAUAUUACAGUGACACUACGAAAAUUCCGAAUUUCACAACAGAAUCUGAAACAGAAACCGUUAGAUCUUCAAGUAUUCCGUCUAGCUUCUCCAGAACUGGUGAUGAUGAGACGACGACAUAUUCGUCUGCUACAACUGAUGGUAGAGAUUCAACUACUGGUAGAUUCUAUCCUGAAAGUACUGCAGAAAGUGAAACGUAUGGAACCAAUCCAAGCACAGAUGUUCCAUCCACAACUAAAUAUUACAGUGACACUACGAAAAUUACGAAUUUCACAACAGAAUCUGAAACAGAAACCGUUAGAUCUUCAAGUAUUACGUCUAGCUUCUCCAGAACUGGUGAUGAUGAUACGACGACAUAUUCGUCUGCUACAACUGAUAGUAGAGAUUCAACUACUGGUAGAUUCUAUCCUGAAAGUACUUCAGAAAGUGAAACGUAUGGAACCAAUCCAAGCGCAGAUGUUCCUUCCACAACUAAAUAUUACAGUGACACUACGAAAAUUCCGAAUGUCACAACAGAAUCUGAAACAGAAACCGUUAGAUCUUCAAGUAUUCCGUCUAGCUUCUCCAGAACUGGUGAUAGUGAGACGACGACAUAUUCGUCUGCUACAACUGAUGGUAGAGAUUAUACUACUGUUAGAUUCUCUCCUGAAAGUACUUCAGAAAGUGAAACUUAUGGAACCAAUCCAAGCACAGAUGUUCCUUCCACAACUAAAUAUUACAGUGACACUACGAAAAUUCCGAAUUUCACAACAGAAUCUGAAACAGAAACCGUUAGAUCUUCAAGUAUUCCGUCUAGCUUCUCCAGAACUGGUGAUGAUGAGACGACGACAUAUUCGUCUGCUACAACUGAUGGUAGAGAUUCAACUACUGGUAGAUUCUAUCCUGAAAGUACUUCAGAAAGUGAAACGUAUGGAACCAAUCCAAGCACAGAUGUUCCUUCCACAACUAAAUAUUACAGUGACACUACGAAAAUUCCGAAUUUCACAACAGAAUCUGAAACAGAAACCGUUAGAUCUUCAAGUAUUCCGUCUAGCUUCUCCAGAACUGGUGAUGAUGAGACGACGACAUAUUCGUCUGCUACAACUGAUGGUAGAGAUUCAACUACUGGUAGAUUCUAUCCUGAAAGUACUUCAGAAAGUGAAACGUAUGGAACCAAUCCAAGCACAGAUGUUCCUUCCACAACUAAAUAUUACAGUGACACUACGAAAAUUCCGAAUUUCACCACAGAAUCUGAAACAGAAUCCGUUAGAUCUUCAAGUAUUCCGUCUACCGUCUCCAGAAGAACUGGUGAUGGUGAAACGACGACAUAUUCGUCUCAUACCACUGACGGUAGAGAUUCAAUUAUUGUUAGAUUCUAUACUGAAAGUACCUCAGAAAGUGAAACUUAUGGAACCAAUCCAAGCACAGAUGUUCCUUCCACAACUAAAUAUUACAGUGACACUACGAAAAUUCCGAAUUUCACUACAGAAUCUGAAACAGAAUCCGUUAAAUCUUCAAGUAUUCCGUCUACCGUCUUCAGAAGAACUGGUGAUGGUGAAACGACGACAUAUUCGUCUGAUAUCACUGAUGGUAGAGAUUCAACUACUGGUAGAUUCUCUCCUGAAAGUACCUCAGAAAGUGAAACUUAUGGAACCAAUCAAAACACAGACGUUCCUUCCACAACUAAAUAUUACAGUGACACUACGAAAAUUCCAAAUUUCACCACAGAAUCUGAAACAGAAUCCGUUAAAUCUUCAAGUAUUCCGUCUACCCGCUACAGAAGUACUGGUGAUGGUGAGACGACGACUUAUUCGUCUGAUACCACUGAUGGUAGAGAUUCAACUACUGUUAGAUUCUCUACUGAAAGUACUUCGGAAAGAGAAACUUAUGGAACCAAUCGAAGCACAGACGUUCCUCAUACAACUAGAAGAACUGGUGAUGGUGAGACGACGACAUAUUCGUCUGAUACCACUGAUGGUAGAGAUUCAACUACUGGUAUAUUCUCUCCUGAAAGUACUUCAGAAAGUGAAACUUAUGGAACCAAUCCAAGCACAGACGUUCCUUCCACAACUAAAUAUUACAGUGACACUACGAAAAUUCCAAAUUUCACAACAGAAUCUGAAACAGCAUCCGUUAGAUCUUCAAGUAUUCCGUCUACCCACUCCAGAAGAACUGGUGACGGUGAGACGACGACUUAUUCGUCUGAUACCACUGAUGGUAGAGAUUCAACUACUGGUAUAUUCUCUCCUGAAAGUACUUCAGAAAGUGAAACUUAUGGAACCAAUCCAAGCACAGACGUUCCUUCCACAACUAAAUAUUACAGUGACACUACGAAAAUUCCAAAUUUCACCACAGAAUCUGAAACAGAAUCUGUAAGAUCUUCAAGUAUUCCGUCUACCCUCUACAUAAGAACUGGUGAUGGUGAGACGACGACUUAUUCGUCUAAUACCACUGAUGGUAGAAAUUCAACUACUGUUAGAUUCUCUACUGAAAGUAUCUCGGAAAG